AUGCUAGAGAAGCUACCGAUGCCAAUUGUGAAAGAACCCCCGCCGAAGCCUGUUUCUACCGAUGGCUUGGACUUGAGCUCGGAUUCAGACUCGGAGAUCAUUCCACCAGCGCCGAAGCCGAUUUUUCCUCCGGUUCAAAUGAGCACUCCUAAGAUUACGAUUCCUCUUCCCAAAAAGCCGAAGGAGCCGAAAGAGUCGAAAGCGGAGCCUAAAAGUGAGUCAAAGAAGUUGGUUAGCGCCGAGAAAGAAGAGAAACGCAAAAAGGAAAAAGAGAAAGAAAAGGAGAAAGUGGAGAAAUUGAGAAUACCGAAGCCAGAGAAGACGCCCAAAGCAGAAAAGAUGCCCAAGCCGGAGAAGACUCCGAAGUUCGAAGCAAAGGAAGAAAAGUCGACAGCUGAGAAACCGGAGAAGCCACUCAUGGUGAAGCUCAAGUUAAAUGGCUCUUCCGUAGGCUUGAAGAGGAAAAAAGAUGACAAGGAAGACUUAGAAAGCGCGAAAAAGCCGAAACUGAAAAAGGAAAAGGAAAAACGAUCGGACAAAAUAGUGACUCCUAAAAUUAAACCUCCACCAGCGCUUGUCCAUGAGAAAAUCAAAAAAGAAAAAGCCAAGGAGAAAAAGAAAGACAAGGAGAAAGAGGAGAAAACAGGACUUGUUAUUAAAUUGGUAAAGAACAGUAGAUCGUGGCAAGCUCUUUCAAUUUCAUUUAAAGAGACAGUGGCGAAAAAGCAAGAGAUCAAGGAAUCAAAGACGCCGAAGCUUGAAAAAGUCAAGACGAAAGAGCCGAAAUCUGAAAAGUCAAAGCAAAAACAAAAGCGAAAGUCUGAAGAGUCAAAAGCUACUACAAUCACGGUGCAAACAGUUACGAAGCAAGACGUAACAGAAACAAUACCACCCAAUCCAGUUGCUCCGCAAGGCGUUUAUGCUGUCACGGACGCUGACGGAAGACAGUACUACACAUCUUUCGAGGAAAAAGAAUGGCGCUGCCCAAGUUGUGGGAAACUUGACGAUGGAACACCCAUGAUUGGCUGUGAUGGGGAUUGUGAAGACUGGUAUCACAACGUCUGUAUCGGUAUCACCGGGCCCGUUCCAGAAGGUGAAUGGUAUUGCCCCAAGUGUACUCGCAAGAAUAAAUCGAAAAAGAAAAAGCGCAAGUAA